UUCCCAUGGUGGUGUAUAAUGCUUGAACUUGGACCUGGAAUUACUCACAAAAGCUAUGUUCUAAGCAACUUCUAUAAUCACAUAAAACUGGUUUUUGUUCAUCUCUUUGAAUCGCAUCUCCAAAGAAAUUCAAUUGAGAUAUAGAGGGACAUAGGAUCGACGCGAGCAGGUGUUUCAUAUAUUAAGGUUCCCAUUUUGGUUUGGUCCAGUUUACUUUUGGGGUUUUCCUACCUUUCGCUGAUGUUGACCUUAGGAAUGCAGAGUAAACCAAUUUGUAACUGCGGAAUCAUUUUCUGAAAUCUCGAUGGC